AUGGAUGAGCGAGAUGAAAAUCACUUGAUUAAUGAGAUGAAAACGAAUCGUGACACAACACUUCGGGGUCUUACCACCUUCAUGUCUGACACCUUAGGGCAUUCCAUCCCCAAGUCUUCCAUUCGUCGAACUAUUCGUAGAUCUGGAUUAUUUUCUUGUUUACGUUUUUUCAGCUGGGAUGGCAAUACUAGAGUAUUGCGAUAUCCUCAAGAAGGACACAGAGAAGAGUUCAUUACAACAAGACUGCAGUGUGAAGGAGUCUCUAUUAUGGUUUGGGGCUGUGUACGAGCAGGAGGAGUUGGCCCAUUGAAAACCAUAAAAAACACGCUUGACCAGUAUGCAUAUAUGGACAUGAUGAAAAGAAAGCUUCUUCCAUUUAUGGAAUAUCUCAGUGAGAACAAUGAUGGGGAGUUUAUCUACCAAGAAGAUAAUGCUCCUUGUCCUAAGUCUAAGCUUGCAGAAGAGUAG